UGAUGUCAAUUCAGUACAUGCGCAGCACUGAGUGCACGAUACACGACAAUAAAUAAAAGUGUAACCCAGAAAAGAGUGCAAAUAAUAUAGAAUAUAUAUAAAUAAAAUAAAGUUGCUAUUUUAUUACUUAAAGUAAAUAUCUUAUAAAAUUAUAACCCAAACAAAAUGCCCAAGUAUUAUUGCGACUACUGCGACACAUAUUUAACCCACGACUCACCAAGUGUUCGUAAAACUCAUUGUCAAGGACGUAAGCAUAAGGACAACGUUAAAUAUUUUUAUCAAAAAUGGAUGGAAGAACAAGCGCAGCAUUUAAUUGACGCAACGACUGCAGCAUUCAAGGCCGGUAAAAUAGCAUCUAAUCCAUUCGCAGCGAAUAAGGGCGCAGCGAUACCUCCACCACCUAAUCUAGGACCCAGACCGGGUGUGCCACCGCAAGGACCGAUGGGCAUGAUGCCCCCACCUGGAAUGCAUCCUGGCGGGCCUAUGGGACCAGGAGGCCCUAUGAUGAUGGGUCCUCAUGGACCCAUGCCGCCAAUGAUGGGCAUGCGACCUCCAAUGAUGGGACCUAACGGACCCAUGAUGAUGGGACCCAUGGGCCCUAUGACUCAAAUAAGACCGCCAAUGAAUGGCCCGCCUCCUCCUAUCAGUGCUCCACCACCAAUUAAAAAGUAAUUUUUUAUAUCUACUCUAAGGAUUUAUUAUAUGUAUGAGUGUUUUGAAAGUAUUGUUUCAAUUAUUUUACAUAAAUUUUGUAAAUUGAUGAAAUUUUUUUU